CAGCACCACCACCACAAGCAGAAGCAUCAUCAGCAGCACCAGCAGCAGCAACAUCAGCAGCAGCAACAUCAGCACAGCAGAAGCAGCAGCAAAAUGUGUCCACGUGUCCGGCGAGUAAACGGUUAAUUACUAAACAAUAAUUAAUUGUUCGUUUACUAUUACUUAAUGUGUUAUUGUUAACGUUGCUUUGACGCUACAGUAAUGGCAUCGUGGUAAUAGUAACAUUUAAAAAAAGGGGGUGGCAACGUGAACAUGCAUUAGCGAGAAAGAACACGUUCAACCAGUCGGAAAAUUCACGAAGCGAGAAUAAAUUGCAGCCCAUCAUUGCCGAUACGGUGAAGACUAUGGCCUGGAGAGGAGCUGGAAACGCGAUGCUGUCGACCAUUCACUCGCCCGGCCUCAUCAUGAGCUCAUCCCGUAUCGUGGCCGGGGCUCUGUUGGCUGCCCUGGGCACGGCGGCCGGGAUUUAUUGCGCGUGGAGGAGGCUCGGCUCUGCACAGGGAGGCGAGGGGACGGGCCCGGAAGACGACUGUGGUCGUGUUGGUGGUCGUGUUGAUGUUGGUGGUGGAGGAGGAGAGGUCACGGAAUUGCGGAGCGACUGUGAAGGGGAGGCGAGGUGCGAGCCGGAGUGUGCACGGGGGAAGGAGGGCGACUCGUCGGACAUCGAGUACUCCCGAAAUGCCUCGAGCGCCGGGCUCGAGACUCCUCUAGAUCUUCCGCAGGUCGCGACUGGCCCCCUCUGCGCCCUCAAGGACACACCGAGCCAGACGGUGGCUCUGGUGGAGACCAUGGGCCAGUGGAACGAAGCGGCCUCGCCUCUGCAGCGUGACCUGGCGACAUACCCGGUGCUGGGCAUGGACUGCGAAUGGGUGGUGGAGGAUGGCAGGGCGAUGCCAGUCGCCCUGCUACAACUCGCCUCGGCCAGUGGCUACUGCGUGCUGGUGCGGCUCUGCCCCCUCAACUCCUCGACCCCUUCCUCCACGACCUCCUCGUCCACCUCUCCAGAUUCUUUCUCCUCCACCGCCAUCGACGGUGCCGCGGACCUGACCAACGCGCUGCCCUCCGGCCUACGGGACCUGCUGGCCAGCAGGGCCGUUCUCAAGGCUGGUGUGGGCGUGUUUGACGACGCUCGGCGGCUGGAGAGGGACCGCGGCGUCGCCGUGCAUGGCUGCGUCGACCUUCGGCACCUGGCGAUCCGGCACGGGCGGUGCAAGGGCCGCUGGAACGGCCUGGGCCUCAAGGCGCUAGCGCUCGCAGAGCUCGGCUUGGAGAUGGAGAAAUCGGCAGAGCAGCAGCAGAGCGACUGGGAGGCACCGGAGCUCUCGGAGGCGCAGGUGAAGUACGCGGCCCACGAUGCCCAGGUGUCCGUGCGCCUGUUCCUCAGUCUGCUGGGCCGCAGCCUGCAGGCGCCGGCGAGUGACACGCUCGGCCGGAGCGACGAGGAGGAAGACUGUAGCGGCGCGAGCACCAGUGUGACGUCGGUCGACUCGGGCUGUGGCUCGGAGCUGGCGUCGCCCGCUGGCGUCACGGGGGAGUGCUGGGCGCGACUGCUGUCUCGCUGCGCGGGACUUGUCGACGUCCCCUUCAAAAAGCUGAACGUGGAGACCGUGGGGAGGCUGCACGUGCGGUCGUCAUCCAACGACUCGACGGAGAGCGGCGAUGCCGAAUCUGUGCCCGCGGAAAAUGGGCUGAGUGGCGGUGGUGCCGGCAGCUGCAGCAGCAGCAGCGAGAACAUCCACGGUGACAACAGCCUCGCCGUGAUCGGGAUUCCCAAGGUCAAGAAGGAAGGCUUCUUCUCGCCGAGGAAGUCUCCGCUCUACGACAACUGCCUGCUCAAGGCGCCGGACGGGCAGCCGCUGUCGACGUGCGACCGUAAGAAGGCGCAGUGGUACCUCAACCGCGGCAUCGCAGAGCUGGAGAGCCAAGAACCCAUGGUGGUGCGGCUGGUGUUCGAGCCGGCCGGGCGCCCGGACUCGCAGCACGACUACUACCUUGGCGUCAAGCGCAACGUGUGCGUGGUGUGCGGCCGUGCCGAGUCUUACGUCAGGAAGAGCAUCGUUCCUCACGAGUACCGCCGCCACUUCCCGCAGCAAAUGAAGGACCACCAGUCGCACGACGUGCUGCUGCUCUGCACGCCGUGCCAUGCCGCGUCGGCCGCACAUGACCUGCGCCUCAAGCGCCAGCUCGCCGACGAGUGUUGCGCCAGCGAGAGUGGCGCUGCUGCUGUCGGCCUCUUCGGGGGCAGCAGAGAAGCGGUGGAAAUGGAAGGGCCCCGCGUCACCGACGACCCCGUGCGGCGCAACGUGAGAUCGGCGGCGCGCGCGCUCCUCCGUUCGGGUUCGGCGCUGCCCCCGCACCGGCGUCGCGAGCUGCUUGGCUGUGUCCGCAGCUUCUACGCCGAGCGCUGGAGCCCCCUCGGCAGCUGCCACCAGCUGCUGCAGGAGGCCGCCAAAUUGGAGACCAGGGUGGUGAACGGGCAGCACGUGCCGCACGGGCUGCGUGUGGUGCAGGCGUACAUGCACCAGGGGCUACCCGCCCUCGCCUCCCUGGAGCGCCGCUGGCGCCAGCACUUCCUGGACACAAUGCUCCCGUGCCAUCUGCCACCCAACUGGUCCGUCACGCACAACCACGACAAGCUGAUGCUGCUGCACUUGGACCCCACCGACAGCACAACGCCGACUAAGAGCAUACCAGGAGCUAGCAAUGUUGGCACACCGUCCGGCAGUGACAAACCGGUCGCCUUCAGCACGCCAGUCAACGGCAGCACAACGGGGGCCGGUGAUAGUACGCCCACAGCACUCGGCGGCGCAUCAGCCGUCGUUGCUGACGGUGUUUGCGCCGUAAAUGGUCCAACAUGCCGCCACGCGCCUGGCACGAACUACCUGCCAGUGGAGAACUUGCGGCCUGGGCAAAUGUGACUGAGGCCAACUGUUGCCCACUUGCUGACCAACGUCUACCUCGUGUUAAAAAGCCAGCUCUGGGGCUCUGCCUCCUAUUGGGAAAGAGAAUGUCUUUUGAAGAUGGGUGACAUUUCUUAGCCUUGAGAGACUGCAUUCCAGUAGCGGCGCUGCCUACAGGCAUGGGUCGGCCUAAUUUACAGUGAACCCCAACGGGUGCAUAGAAAACUGCUGCGCCAUGCGAAUGCAUUUGCGCUGCGCCAAGUGGAAUUACGCGUAGUAAAGCAUUAAGUCGUGUGUUUACAGUGUUUGAGCUCAAUGGGAAAUCGAUUAUAUAAACUUGAAAUUAUUUGAAUUCUGUAACAGUCAGUGGAAUUUUUACAGCCUAUUCAACUGUAAAUAGUAAUACUGCUUCUGUAAGAAAUACCCGAACUGUGACACGUCUUCAUACAAGUCAAGUGUAAAAGCAUGUAAAAAUAAAUCCUUAAAAGGCAAAAUAUGAAUGU